AUGCCCACAGCAGGCGGCCUCUACUUCUGGACACAUUACUUCGCAUCUGAGAAAUGGAAGAACCCGCUGAGUUUCCUCGUCGGAUAUAGCAAUACCAUCGAUGGAUUCGCUAGCAUGCUCCUCUCCGUAAUCUCCCUCGCCCGCGACGGAAAUUGGUCCGCAACACGCCCCGUCAUCUACGGCACAUACGCAGCAACAGUCUUCGCUCACGGCUUCAUCGCCAUCUUCUUCGCCCGAAUGAUGCCCAGAAUCCAAUCCGCCUGUAUCUUUCUCAACAUCACUCUCGUGAUAGCAACCGUCAUCGCUCUUCCCCUUGGCAAAGCAAAGAACAGUCCGCCAGUCAACCCGGGCUCGUAUGUCUUCGGUGAUAUGGAGAACCUCACUACCUGGCCCACUGGCUGGGCAUUUAUCAUGGCGUGGCUAUCGCCGAUCUGGACGAUUGGCGCGUUUGAUUCUUGCGUGCAUAUGAGCGAGGAGGCGACACAUGCUGCGCGCGCUGUACCGUUGGGGAUUAUCUCGUCUGCUGGACUCUGUGGUCUGCUUGGGUUUGUUUCGCUGGCGGUUAUUGCGUCUGCGAUGGAUAGGAAUAUGGAGGGGAUCUUGAACUCCAAAUUCGGACAGCCCAUGACUCAGAUCUACUACGACGCCCUUGGCAAAAAUGGUGCCAUGGGAUUCAUGGUCGUGGUGAUGAUCGUCCAAUUCUUCAUGGGACUGAGCAUUGUCCUAGCCGCCUCGCGCCAAAGCUGGGCCUUCUCCCGCGACGGCGCCCUCCCCCUAUCCUCCUUCUUCCGCAAAGUAAGCCAGCGCAAACUCAUACGCUACCAGCCAGUCCGCAUGGUGUGCGGCAUAGUCGCCGCAUCGGUACUGAUCGGCCUCCUCUGUCUGAUCGACGAAGCUGCCUCCAGCGCCCUCUUUUCGCUUGCCGUAGCCGGCAACGAUCUCGCCUGGCUCACACCUAUCCUGGCGCGUCUGCUCUGGGGAGGUGAUAGAUUUAUUCCUGGUGAGUUUUAUACGGGGAAGCAUUUGAGUAAGCCCAUUGGGUGGGUUUCUGUCAUCUAUAUGACGUUUGUUAUUGUUCUUACGAUGAUACCUACUGAGGGGCCGAAUCCGUCGCGUGAGUUUGACCUAUGCUAUUUACUAUUACGGGCGCUCUUGCUGACUUGGUGA